GUCCAAUCGGAAGCCUUCGUCUUGGCUUGAUGUCAUCGGAGGAAGACUCGGCCGCCGAGGGCCAACUCAGUUUCGCACGCGCCGCGAAGGCCAAGAGGAACACGUCGCGGCUCCCGCGCGUCGACGCCGGAGAAGCGAGAGUCGCCGUGGCACCCCCUUCGAACGGAACCUCGCUCGACCUGCGCCCGCUGCGCAAUGGCUUCAUGAGCGCCGACGAGCACCUGGACCAGGUCGAGCGCGGCGGCAGCGCACACCUCCUCCGCGACAUCCUCCAGGGAGGCCGCGGAGUCGAGGAGGAAGACGACGCCGCGUCGGCCGACGAAGAGCGCGACGACGACGACGAAGAGAUGGCGGCCUCCGCCGCUGCGGACGGUGCGGGCAGCGCGCGGGGCACCUCGGACGACGAGACGGAUGCGAAGAAGGCGCGCGUCGAAAGCAUCGUGUCCAACAUGCGCCGCGGCGGCAGCAACGGAGAGGCUCCGGUCAGCGCCCCGGCUCCGACGGUCAACGGGUGCAAGAAGCGCAAGCUGUACCAACCCCAACAGGCACUGUCCGGUGCGGCGGACGACGAACUGCGGCUGCGCAGCCGCGCCGGGGCGGCCGACCGCGACUCCUUCCGCCAGGAGCUGCUGAGGCUCAAGACUGAGGUGGCCACUAUGCAGCAGCGGUACGACGAGAUGAGGAGCGAGGACGAAGAUGACGAGAUGGAAGAGGAUGGAGAUGCGUCCGAUGACUCGACCGCCGCCGGCGGCCGGCUGAGUAACAACAAUAACAACAACGACGACGACUGCCGGGAACUGACGACGCCCCCUUCGGAGCUGUCGACGGACGCACCGCGCUCCUCUCCGCUGCGGGACGUCAAGCCUCCCUUGCGCGGUGGCGGCGGCGACUCUGCGAUGGGGAGCCCUCCGGGCACACCACCGGACGACUUCCGUCACACCCGGCUCUCCGACGCCCCCCGGCAGACGUGCAUAGUGAGACCUCCGCCCAUGGUGUUUCCCCAGGACAUGGAGCGGUUGGUGACGACCAUAAAGACCGAGAUGGCGUACGUCAUUCCGCGAGUGAUCGACAACGUGUUCUAUCGUUACGCGCGCAGCCAGCACCCUCCCCCGGCACCGACGACGGUGGCCCGGAGACUGGACGGCGCGCCGCCGUGUCGCGACGACCAGCGCAGUAUGCUGACGCAGAUGCUGGACCGCAAGUCCCCGCGGACCAAAGUCCUGGACCGAAACCGACUGAACGGCCACCGAGGUUCUCCCGGCGGUCCCGUGGAGCGCUCCUUCUACCCGGGCUCUUCGUCGACGCCCCUGAAGAGCAGGCACACGCCCCCGUUCUCGUCUUCGGAGCCGGUGAUCCCCGAGCAGACCGAGGCCAUGUCGCUGGUGGUGCCGACCAAGAAGAAGAGGCACAAGGUCACGGACACGCGGCUGGUGGGUCGCGAGCCCGGCAGCCCCUCGUCCAAGGAGUCGCCGGGCGGCGGCGGCGGCGCGGGCUUCCCGCCGCCGCCUCUGGUCCCUGUGUCUCUGAACACGUCGGUGGCCAUCCCCAACCCGAGCCUGCACCACGCGGCGGCCGACGUCUUCUUCCACCACGUGGACCAGCCUCGGCUGUACGACGAGCAGCCGCUGCCCCUGAUGCUGGCCGCCGCCGCCCACUCGCCCGCCGAGGCGCCCCCGCACCGGUACCCGUCGCUGGCGGGCCCCAGGGUCCCGCCUCCGCCGCCGCAGGACAACGACUCGGAUAAUAGCCAGGAGUACGACUCCAGCAGCAUGGCCAUGAUGUCCUUCCUCAAGUACUUCAACGGAGCCGGUGGCCCAUCGUCCCACGCGCCGGCCGCGGCCGGCCUUCCGGGAGGCCCGGGCAGCCAGAGCGGCAACCACGGGAGCAGCCGGGGCGACAACGCCUCGGUGGCGUCGGACUCGCCGGGCUUCAAGUCUCUCGGGGGCGUCGGCAGCGGCGGCUACACCACCACGCUGACGCCCAUGCAUCUGCGCAAGGCCAAGCUCAUGUUCUUCUACGUGCGGUACCCGAGCUCGGCCAUCCUCAAGAUGUACUUCCCGGACAUCAACUUCAACAAGAACAACACCGCGCAGCUCGUCAAGUGGUUCUCCAACUUUCGGGAGUUCUACUACAUCCAGAUGGAGAAGUACGCCCGUCAGUCUGUCAGUGAAGGAAUCAAGAACGUUGAGGAGUUGAAAGUGAGCGCUGACUCGGAACUCCUCAGGGUCCUCAACCUUCACUAUAACAGGAACAACCACAUCGAGGUGCCCGAAAACUUCCGGUACGUGGUGGAGCAGACGCUGCGCGAGUUCUUCCGCGCCAUCGUGGCCGGCAAGGACCAGGAGCAGUCGUGGAAGAAGGCCAUCUACAAGGUUAUCGCCCGGCUGGACGACAACGUGCCCGAGUACUUCAAGUCGCCCAACUUUCUCGAGCAGCUAGAGUGACGCCGGGCCCCGCCUCCAGCCCUGGACC